AACUUUUAUGGCAGUUCUACAUCAGGUCUGAAGAAAGUUGAAAAUGGAUCUGAGGGAUUAAGACCAAGGGGAAAGUCUUAGCCCAAAGGCUGAAUCAUUUAAAGACUCAAAUUUUUAAAAACAAAUUAUUUCUAAAUAAACACGACAGUGUAUCAAAGGCUCGAUUACCUUUUAGCUUCCGUUACGUCACCGUAGCUGCUGUUUUUGAAAAAAUAGACUCAUACCCCUGUGACUUCGUGCCAGGCAGUGGGAUAUACCUUGAUGCUUAAAAACUGUUUCUGCAAAGGAAGGUCUGGACUCUGAAUAUUAAAUGAAGAAAUGAAGCUCGGAAAUGGUAGCUGGGGGCUUAAGACUGUGCAGGACACACCUGACUUUAAAUGGGAUUAAAUUACAGUGUUGUGGUUGUCUCAUUUCUAGUAUGUCUUACAUCGUUGUUGAAUUCCUCAGUGAAGGGAGUGUAGCUGUGGUGGCUAAAUGUUGGACGUAUAAGGAACAAACGGAUGACUAUUGUUACUGGCCUGCAUGCAAUCCGACAGCCAGAGCACGAAGGGGGGAACAACCUGAUCCUGAUACUUGGAUUUCAAGGAAAGUCAAGGUGUUUAGUGGUGUUACAGCUGACUUCAACCAGGCACUGCGGUGGUUGAAAAAGGCAGAAACAAUGUCAAGCGUGGAAAGUGCAGAUGAUGGGGCUGUGCUCUCAAAAAGGCCAUCAAAAAGGCCAGCAAAAUUUGCUUACAGCAGUGAUGAGGAUGAAGACUUUGCUGAACAGGUCCUCCAAAUUAAUAAGAAAUCCAGAGGUUUGUUCCAUGGACCACGAGAGGUGCCACCUUCACGGAAAUCUUCUGCAGGGCCAACACACCCUCCACCUCCCAUCUGCAUUUUUCCGCAGACAAACACUAUAAACAACCUUGAUGAUCCAGUUAGUCCUAUUCAGCCUGAGAUGUCUGAUGAAACUGCCAGCUGCUCCUCGAGUGUGUCAGACUCUAUCUCCGCCUUAACCCAAACGGUUACAGUAAUACAAGAGACACUUAAGACAAUGUUGACCCGCCAGGAUGUGAUGUCAAAAAACAUCCAGGAGAUACUUCUCCGGUUAAACCAGAUUGGAGGGGCCAGACCGGGUCCGGAGACCCCAAUAGAAAUCGAUGUGGCCCAGUCUUUGGAAGAACUUGCUGUCUUGGAGGCAAAACUGAAAGACCUUCCGGACUACAAGAAGAGAUUGACACACCAUCUCAGUCUGAUUGGUGGAGCCAACCCGGGAGAAGUUACAAGCAUAUCAUGCGGGCUGUUGCUUCUAGCGGUGUCUGGAAAAACUACAGCCUUCAUGGGAAGAAGGGGAAAAAAACAUUGCUGCAUACAGCAGUGUACCAGGUUAUCAAACGGGCUAUCAUGCUGAGUCGAUCCGGACUACAGGACAAAGCUGUGGAGGAACUCGUCACAAAUGUUUUAAAACAUGCCCCAGCCCACAGUAAACUGCAGGUGCAGUCAGUCCCAGAAGUGGCGGUCCAGCAACAGGACAAUAACCAGCAAUUGACGUGAAGACCUUUUUAAAGUGUUUUAAAUAGUGUGUUAAACUUUUUUUUUUUUUUUUUUUGCUUUAAUGUAC